AACAUCCUUCGAGUGGCCGGUCAGGCAGCCAGGCGGGGGAGAAAGGGAACGACGGCGCAAAACAGCUGGUCACAGCCGAUCACACGGAACUUGCGCGAAAAGAAGAAUGCUGCGUAUCGUGAGCGCGGCGCUGCGAGGAAUUGCAGCAAGAACAACAAGUACUAAUGUGACAAGCUUUAUUGCUUCAAGAUGUAAUCUCGUUUUCGAUUACCCACAGUACAGAAACUUUGGAGCAUUGUCAACUGCUGUCCAAAAGUGGGCUGCUAUUGGUCCAGUACAACAUAAAACAUUGCUAAAUCAUGCAGAAAAUCGUUUAACGUUGCCUUUGGAACCUAUUAAUGUACCGGUGAGAACAUUAAUCAAGUAUUCUCUACAAAAAGGAAAGCGAAAAACUGUAAAAACUGUCUUAAAACGCUUUUAUAGACUACAUUGGGGUAUCUGGAUUAGAACAAAAGCUGGUCAUAAGAAACAUUUGUGGAAGAAAUCAUGGGCCAGAAAGAAGAGAUUGCAACAACAUGUAUUCUGUAAUGCCACGCAGAGCAACAUGCUAGAUAAGAUGGUGAGCAAGUACUGGAAAAGACGACAUUAUUAUGUUGAUGAUCCAUAUGAACCAUACCAUAAGCGAGAAGAAUUUAGUAUAACUCGAAGAACACCACUACCUUAAUUGCCUAUAUUACAGUUAGAAAAUUUUGAUUGGAAAGAUAGUGAAGAUAUUGUCUGAGUUGUACAUUUGCAUGUGCGUUCUUUCUCAUACAAAUAUUUUAUUUAAUCAUUUUAUUGUACAACACAUCAAAUGCAGUACGCUCCAAUUUUUCUCUGAAUGUAUUUUAAAAUAUUUGAUGUAAUAAAAGCUAUUAUGUAAAA